AUGGGUUCUGUUGGAGGAGAUGAGGUAAUUGAAGAGGCUGUAGAGAAUUAUGAAGAGAGAAUUCAAGUUUCGGUUCGAAUUCGGCCCUUAAAUGAUAAGGAAAUUGCGAGAAAUGAUGUUUCUGACUGGGAAUGUAUCAAUGAUAGUACAAUCAUUUACAGGAAUAAUGUUUCAGCUUCUGAAAGAUCUCUUUAUCCAACAGCUUAUUCAUUUGAUAGAGUGUUUAGAUCAGAUUGUGACACAAGGAAGGUGUAUGAAGAAGCAGCUAGAGAUGUUGCUCUUUCUGUUGUUGGUGGAAUCAAUUCGAGCAUUUUUGCAUAUGGACAAACCAGCAGUGGAAAAACUUAUACCAUGAGCGGUAUAACUGAAUGCACUGUAGCAGACAUUUUUAACUAUGUAGAAAAGCAUAUGGAGAGAGAAUUCAUUUUGAAGUUUUCGGCAAUUGAGAUUUAUAAUGAAUCUGUUAGGGAUCUUCUUAGUCCAGAUUGUACUCCUCUUAGACUUCUUGAUGAUCCAGAGCGAGGAACAGUUGUUGAGAAACUUACUGAGGAAACUAUUAGGGAUUGGGACCAUUUUAUAGAAAUCAUUUCUUUUUGUGAAACUCAAAGGCAGAUAGGAGAGACAUCAUUGAAUGAAGCAAGCUCUAGAUCUCAUCAGAUUCUCAGACUGACCGUUGAAAGUUCAGCGCGUGAGUUUCUUGGAAAUGACAAGUUUAGCUCUCUUUCAGCAUCAGUGAAUUUUGUUGAUCUUGCUGGAAGUGAAAGGGCAUCCCAGACCAAUUCAGCUGGAGCAAGGUUGAAAGAAGGUUGCCACAUAAAUCGUAGUUUAUUAACUCUAGGAACUGUUAUCCGCAAACUCAGUAAGGGAAGAAAUGGACAUAUUCCUUUCAGAGAUUCAAAGCUAACGCGCAUAUUGCAAUCGUCAUUAGGAGGCAAUGCUAGAACUGCAAUCAUUUGCACCAUGAGCCCUGCACGGAGCCACGUCGAGCAAAGCAGAAACACUCUCUUAUUUGCAAGUUGUGCUAAGGAAGUUGAAACUAAUGCGCAAGUCAAUGUAGUGGUCUCUGAUAAAGCACUAGUUAAGCAAUUACAAAAGGAGUUGGCUAAACUGGAAAGUGAAUUGAGAAAUUCAGGAUCGGCUCGCCCUAAUAAUUCUGAUUCUUCAGCAUUAUUGAGAGAGAAAGAUCAUGAAAUUGAGAUGUUAAGGAUAGAGGUAAAGGAGCUAACCUUGCAACGCGACCUUGCACAAGUUCAAAUUAAGGACAUUCUCCAAGAAGCAGGAGAUAACAUGUCUUCUUUGAUAGGAGUGGAAAGUUUAGGUCCUCGGUAUCCCGAAUUGCGUAUUCGUAACACAUGGAAUUUAGAAAAUCUAAAAGAGGAACCGAAUGUAUUAAGUAUCAACUGUGAAGAAAGUGUUAGGUCCUUUGAUGCUUCACAAUAUUCAGAUGGACAUAGUAUUAGUUCUGAUGAUAAUUUGUUCCAACUCCCCGACCUUGAAAAGAAUUUUAUGGUAAAAAAUUCUUCCCCUAGGCUAUCAGUUUCAAGCAUUAAUAAUGUUGUACAGAAUGAUUUGGAUCAGAAGAACAUUGAAGAUCAGCAUGAAGAAAAUUAUUGUCAAGAAGUUAGGUGCAUUGAGUUAGAAGAGCCUAUCACAAACACGCAUACACAUACAAACUCGGAAGAUUUAAGAUCAAAUACAUAUACCAAUUCUAGUGCAUCAUCUCCUCGUGCAAAGACAGAUACAUUAGAAUCAAUUGUAGUUAAUAAUGGUGACAAAAACAAUAAGGAUUUGUGUUCACCAGGGAUAAAGGAAGACAACAGACCGAACAACUUGCAUGAACAUUUUGUUCUUCCAACUCCAGAAAAUAGAACCCCUUGCAUGGCAGAAGACGACAGAAAAAGUAGUUCUAGAUUGUUGAAGGUAAGCCGAAGUAGAAGUUGUAAAGGUAGUCUCAUGAGGAAUUUACCUUCUGAUUGGUUUGUAGAUGGUGAUGUAAUUCAGAACACACCUCCUCCAGUAGGGAAUGAAAAAGACUUUUUUGGAAGACCGGGGUUUUUUCUGAGAAAGGUUCAUACACUAAGUUAUGAUUUAAAUGCUGAGAGGAAUUCUGUGGGAAGUUCUGUUGAUGAUGAUACACAGAAUGUGAAAUCCUUCAAUGAAAAGAAACGCGAGAGCAUAGAUCCUUUAACUCCAAAUAAAAACGAAACGGAACAUCUUAAAAGGUUGAAUUUACUGGAUCACCAUGAGGUUCAUGGGACAGGAUUGGAUGCCAUUAUGUCUGCAAAAAAUGUCAAAGAUGUUGGUUUGGACCCAAUGCAAGCUGAUGGAGAAAGUCAUUCAGAUUGGCCUUCAAAAUUUAACAGGCUGCAAAAGGAGAUUAUAGAACUUUGGGACACUUGUAAUGUUUCAUUGGUUCACAGAACUUACUUUUUCCUUCUCUUCAAAGGGGAUCCAUUAGAUUCUAUUUAUUUGGAGGUAGAGCACAGAAGACUAUCAUAUCUUAAGCAAACUUUUUCACUAGGCAAAAACACUCUUGAACAUGGAAGAACCCUUACCCCUGAGUCAAGCACGAGAUAUCUAAGAAAAGAGAGACAGAUGUUAUGCAAGCAAAUGCAGAAAAAGCUAUCUAAAGGUGAAAGAGAGAAUUUAUACACGAAAUGGGGCCUUCUUUUGAGUUCAAAGCAUAGGAGGUUACAGUUGGCCCAUCGUCUAUGGACUGACACAAACAGCAUUGAUCACAUUAGAGAAAGUGCAGCUGUUGUUGUAAAGCUGGUUGGUCCAGUAGAGCCAGAACAAGCUCUUAAGGAAAUGUUUGGCCUCAAUUUUGUUCCAAGGCCAACAAGUAGGAAAUCUUUUAGUUGGUCUUUUACAAACAGUAUGAGGCAGAUUUUGUGA